AUGACGCAGAUCACCCAGUUCCUAUUUUUCAAAGUGAAACCCUCUGUGCGACCCGAGGAUCCCAAUAGUGCAGAGGGUGAAGCUCUUCUUAAAGCCCUCAACGUCACCAAAGUACAGAGCAGCCACCAUAGCUCCACCUGGGGCCGGGCUGUCGAAGAUGAGAAUUCUCUAGUCUGGGUGGUGGAUUGGACUGAUGCCCGCGGUUCCGCCAAUACGGACGAAAUUCACCCCUUCCUGGACGACAAGGCGCAGGCACCGCUUGUGUCAGUCUACACCACGCUCAGUCCCGCUGGUAGUGGCGCAGAUGCACUCGUCACGAAUCCGGUCACGGAAAUCUGUGCCCUGAAUUUCCCUGACUCGCUUUCGGUUGCUGAGGUCAAGGAGCUACAUGGGGAUCUUACCAACUUCCGCGCAGCGCUGAUGGACAAGAUGCCUGCUGGGACAGGGCCACAAUCGUGGGCCAUGGGCCAAGUUGACCGGCCGAGCACGGUGCCUCAUCCCAAAAGUCCCAGUGGGAAGGCCGUAGUGCAAUUGUUGGCAGUUGGGUGGGAGAGCGUGGAGGUUCAUAAGAAGGCAAAGGAGACAGAGCAGUUCGGGAGCAGUAUUGCGCCCAUUAGAGAAAAGAUGCUGCCUCAACUACCGGGAUUUGAAAUGAAACAUGUUAGUUUCAAGAAGCUUUGA